CUGGAAUUCAAAAGCUGCUCUACUAAUUGAGCAUCGAAAACUUCAAUAUAGUCAAGAAUGCGUAGCGUGUUGUAAUCGCGUCAAAAGCUCUACUUCCGCGGAUUCUCCAAAGAAAAGUGACAUGUUUGAGAGAA